AUCACGAAUCCACUCCAAACAUGAUCCUUAAGGCAACUGUGUUAGUGGCGCUCGCAGUGGCCGUCGCAGCCCGACCCGAGACUCCUUCCUACUCUCCUCCUGCUCACCCAGCCCCUUCCUACGCGCCUCCCAGCCCAGCCUACAGUGCUCCCGUCUAUGCAGAUGUCCCGCCCCAAUACAAUGCCCAGUAUAACGUAAACGAUGAUUACUCCGGCAACAACUAUGGGCAUCAAGAGGACCGCGACGGCUACAACACUCAGGGAACGUACUACGUGCAGCUCCCCGACGGCCGUGUCCAGAAGGUCACCUACUACGUCGACGGCGACUCCGGCUACGUGGCAGAGGUCACCUACGAAGGGGAAGCUCAGUACCCAGCUUACGAACCAUCUACCUCGUACCAACCCGCCCCAGCUUACCAACCUCCUUCAUCUCCUUCAUACGCCUAAAUUAUUUCUUUCUUAUUUAUUGUACGAAAUAAACCAUGUAACG